AUGGUCACAUAUAUGCAAGGGACUCGGCCAACGGGUCAAAGUAUUCCUCAGGCCCCGGAUGUCAUCAACUGGUUCCAACGAUUAAGUCCCCCUGUUUUUCAAGGAAGGGCAAGCGCUGACCUGAGCGAAAGUGAGUAUUGGAUAGAGCAACUCGAAAAGAUUUUUGAUUUUAUUGAGUGUGGAGAAUGGGAGAAAGUAGUUUGUGCCACUUUCAUGCUUCGAGAUGAGGCGGACCAUUGGUGGCGAACGAUGCAAAGGACUUUGCCUGGCCCUACGAGACAAGGUAUGCCAGUUGUCACAUGGACUCAGUUUAAGGAAUUAUUUUACACUAAGUAUUUCCCUUUAUGCAAAAAGUUGGAAAAGAGCCGAGAAUUUAUGAAUUUGAAACAGACUGAGGAUAUGUCAGUCGCCCAGCAUGAAGAUAGUUUUUCUUGGUUAAUUAAGUACAUGCCUAUUUAUAAUUUGGAUGAAGAGGCAAAAUCUCAUAAAUUUCUUGACGGGUUAAGACUUGAGACACAGCUGGCAUUGUGUUCCUUAGGGGCCCAUACUUAUUCGGAGGUUGUUAUGCAAGCUUUAACUGUUAAAAGUAACCUUGUUCGAAUGAAUGCUUUAAAGACAGAAGUGCAGGAACCCGAGGACAAGAACGCAGGAAGGAAGCAUCACUUAGGAGUCCGAGGAGGAAACUUUAAGCCUAAGAGUAGGUGUCCCAAGUGUCAGAAGUUCCAUCCUGGAAGGGCAUGUCAAAGCCAGACUCAAGGAUGCUAUUCGUGUGGAAGAAGUGACCACUUACCCCGUGAUUGUCCCAAGGGACCCAAGUGUUUUAACUGUCAGAAGAUCGAUCAUCUUUCAAGGGACUGUCCACAGAGGAAACAAGUCGAACAAGCGGGUGUAGGCAGAGGAGGCCAAGAACCGCGACAAGGCCGGGUGUAUCAUCUGACAAGGGAGGAUGCUAACGCAAGCCUGUCAGUCAUACAAGGUACACUAAUCUUUCUUAAUACACCUGUGCAAGUGUUAAUUGAUCCUGGAUCGACACAUUCAUUCAUUUCACAUGCGUUGAUACAAAGUUUGAAUAUGAAAUUGGAGGAUUUGGAGUGUCCUAUGCUUGUGGCUACUCCUUUAGGGAAACAAGUAAAAACUAGCACGGGAUAUAGGGAAGGAAAGGUUGAGUUGGGUGAUAGUGAAUUUGCACUUGAACUCACGUCAUUAGAAAUCCAAGAUUUUGAUAUGAUACUUGGAAUGGAUUUUUUGUCCAAAUAUAAGGCCCGAAUUGAUUGUCAGACAAAAAUAGUAGAACUUCAAAAUAACCAAGGAAGUUGGGAAAAAUUUCGGGGGCAAGAGAGUGAUAAAAAGAUUAAGUGGAUCACAGCCCUCAAAGCUAUCAAAAUGCUAGAGAAUGGAGCUUAUGGGUACUUAGCAGGGGUGCAAGUAGAAAAUAAGAAAAUGGAACUUGAGGAGACACCAGUAGUUAAUGAAUUUUCUGAUGUGUUUCCCGAAUAUUUACCUGGGUUACCCCCUCAAAGGGAGAUUGAAUUUUCUAUAGAGGUUGUACCAGGAACAAAUCCCAUAUACAUAUCUCCGUAUAUAAUGGCUCCGGCAUAA